ACUUUUUAUUCUGCUAGAUCUUGCCUGUUAUGGUUUUGCAUCAAAAUCUAAUUUCUUAUCCUUUCCCUAAGAUUUUUUGACCGCUCCAUUUAUUUUUUAGACAAAUUUUUCCAAACAUAAGCAGAAGUCUUUCUACAAGCUGACAAAGUCACAUGCAUCAAUCAACACCACAACUUCUACUUUAAACCCUUCUUGUUAAUCUUUCCAAAUCUAGAUAAGAUUUACGUUUCUUGUUUGUCUUUUCAAGCUAAAUUCCACUAGACAAUCAAUCUUGAUAGUUGACAUGUAAGGUUAGAAUUCAUUGUAUUUGUAUUCAAUAAAACCCAAAUUCUUAUGCAUAAUUAGAAAGGUCAAAGUUGAUUUAACAGUAAUAUUCUCUCUUGUAAGUUGUAAUUAGCUGUUCAAGAAGGGCAGCUAGUUGAAGAUGAAGGGCUAGUUGAGGAAAUUUGUGCAUAUAGAAAGUGAAGCUACAAUGUUUCUCUAUGGCUUACCCUUUUGGGUACUUGUUCUUCUACUGCCUUUACUACUUGUAAUUAUUAGAAAGAUUAAAGUUCAAAGAGAAAACAACCAACUUCCACCAAGCCCUGCUAAACUUCCAAUUAUAGGAAACCUGCAUCAACUUAGAGGAUCGCCCCACCGAGCUUUCUGGCAACUUUCGAAGAAAUAUGGCCCUGUUAUGCUUCUCCAAUUUGGUAGUGUGCCUGCUGUUAUAAUAUCCUCAGCUGAAGCAGCAGAAGAGGCAUUAAAGAUUCAUGAUCUUUCUUGUUGCAGUAGACCUCCAUUAGCUGGUGCUGCAAGACUUUCAUACAAUUAUUUAGAUGUAGCUUUUUCACCAUAUGGUGAUUACUGGAGAGAGAUUAGGAGAAUAUGUGUUCUUGAGCUUUUUAGCACGAAAAGGGUGCAGUCGUUUCAGUUCGUUAGAGAAGAAGAAGUUGGUUUGCUGAUAAAUUCAAUCUCUCAGUCAUCCUCUUCUGCUACUCCUGUUGAUCUAACUGAGAAGUUCUUGACUCUUACUGCAAACAUAACAUUUAGGAUGGCUUUUGGAACGAGCUUCGGAGAAACUGAUUUCCACAAGGAUAGAUUUAAAAAACUAAUUGACGAUGCACAGGCCUUGUUAGGAAGCUUUUCUGCAAAUGAAUUCUUUCCAUAUGUUGGUUGGAUUAUCGACAGGAUUAGUGGCUAUCAUGCAAGGACAGAAAAUGUUUUCUGUCAGCUAGAUACUUUCUUCCAAUGGAUAAUUGAUGAUCAUCUUAAACUUGGAAGGACAGACAAAGGGCAGGAAGACAUUAUUGAUGUGCUCCUGCGAAUAGAGAGGGAGAAAACUGGAGUUGGUUCAGUUCAGCUCACAAAAGAUCACAUCAAAGCAGUUCUCAUGGAUUUAUUUUUGGCUGGAGUAAACACUGGUGCAGUUACACUUAUCUGGGCUAUGGCUGAGCUUGCUAGGAGUCCAAGAGUGAUGAAGAAAGCACAAGAAGAAGUUCGAAACGUUAUAAGAAAUAAAGAAAGAGUCUUGGAAAGUGAUGUUGAUGAGCUUUAUUAUAUCAAGAUGGUAAUAAAGGAAACUUUGAGAUUGCACCCUCCUGCUCCAUUGCUACUUCCAAGAGAAGCUAUCUCGAAUUUUAAAAUCAAUGGUUACAGAAUUCAUCCAAAAACACUAAUCCAAGUAAAUGUUUGGGCAAUCGGACGAGAUCCCAACUACUGGAAGAACCCAGAAGAAUUCUUCCCUGAAAGAUUUGUGGAUAGCUCCAUUGAUUUUAAAGGACAAAAUUUUGAGUUUCUGCCAUUUGGAGCUGGUAGAAGAGGUUGUCCUGCACUGUAUAUGGGAACUAUAUUAGUGGAGCUUGUAAUUGCAAAUUUAUUAUAUUGUUUUGAUUGGAGACUACCAAAUGGAGAAGAAAAUAUCAACAUGGAAGAGCAAGCUGGUCCUAGUCUUACCGUAUCUAAAAAGGAAGCUGUCAAACUUGUUCCUUCCAGUUAAAAGAAAGAAGGAAGACAGAAAACAAAAUAAGCAGCUCCCACCUGGUCCUCCUAAGCUUCCAAUUUUAGGCAACUUGCACCAACUUGGUGAAUUGCUUCACCAAUCUUACUGGAAGCUGUCCAAGAAAUAUGGUCCUGUUAUGCUCCUUCAACUUGGUAAUAUCCCAAAUGUUGUAAUCUCCUCUGCUGAGGCAGCAAGAGAGGUCUUAAAAGUUAAUGAUCUUGCUUGUUGCAGCAGACCUCAGUUAGCAGGUGCUGGCAGACUCUCUUAUAAUUAUUUAGAUGUGGGUUUAACACCAUAUGGUGAUCACUGGAGAAACAUGAAAAAACUAAUUGUCUUACAGCUUUUUAGCUUGAAGAGAGUGCAGUCUUUUCGGUCCCUUAGGGAAGAAGAAGUUGAAUUGUUCAUCAGUUCAAUCUCCAAUUCAGCAGCUUCUGAAACUCCCAUUAAUCUUACAG